AUGUCCGACUUUCUUUGCUACACCCUCUUCUCUCGCAAGUCUGACCCGGACAAUACAGUGCCACAGCUCACAGACGCUCAUGUUGCGUCGGGCUUCGGCUUCUACGUUUUCCAGCUCGGACUGGCCGUCUCUCAGCCAUGCCAUAACCCCGACAUUGCCGACCUAUCUCGACAGAAGGAUGUAGCUGCCCGCUACGACUAUACCGCUGCGAACUUUGACUCCGAGGUCGGGUUCUCGGAGCUCAUCAGCGGCAUAAACAGUAAACGCAAGCGCCUGGCGCAGCAAUGUAAAGGCAACGUGCUGGAGGUGAGCUGCGGUACAGGUCGGAAUCUGGGAUACUACGACAUCAAGUCCAAGAACGGCGAGGUUCAAAGUCUGAGCUUCAUCGAUCUGUCACCGCAAAUGAUUGACGUUUGCCGCAAGAAAUGGGAUGCGCUCUACCGGAAGCCGAUUGAGGCUGGGACGUUGAAGCGUGAUCUGAAAGUACGGUUCAUGACUGGCUCAGCCUUGGAAGCUAUGCCUCUUGCACCAAACGGCAACAAGUACGAUACUGUCUUCCAGACCAUGGGUCUGUGCAGCACAUCAACUCCAGCUGCGCUCCUUGUAAAUAUGGCCAGGCAUCUUGAUCUUUCGAAGUCGGAGUCGCGCAUCCUGCUUCUAGAACAUGGACGAAGCUAUCUACCAUGGAUGAACAGGAUCCUUGACAACGCAGCGGAGAAGCAUGCUGAGAGGCAUGGGUGCUGGUUCAACCGGGAGAUUGGCCAGCUGGUGGAGGAUGCUGCGAGGCAGACUGGGCUCGAAGUUGUGAACGAGCGUCGCUACCAUUUCGGUACGCUGUGGCUGUUCGAACUGAAGCCGACCGACGAGACUGUGAAGCGCGCCGCAUCUACGAUUGCACAGCCGGACAAAGCAGAGGAGCCGAAAGCGGAGGGUCGUUGGCUCAGCAAGCUUGGCUGGUGGUAA